AUGAUCUUCACAGACGGUGAUGCUGUUGAAUUUGAAAAUGCAACGUCUUGUUGGUUAUGCGGAAAAGAUUUCGAAGAGGGGAAGGACAAAGUUCGCGAUCAUUGCCAUUACACCGGCAAAUUUCGAGGGGCUGCGCAUAACAGCUGUAAUCUCAAAUUUCAACGACCAAAAUUCAUACCUGUCGUGUUGCACAACUUAGCAAACUAUGACGCCCACCUCUUUGUUAGAAAUCUUGGUGUUUCAGAGGGUGACAUUGAUUGCAUACCCAAUAACGAAGAAAAAUACAUUAGCUUUACGAAACACGUUGUGGUUGACAAGUUUUUCGACAAAGAAAAAGAAAAACUCGUCGAGGUAAAGAGAGAGUUGAGGUUUAUUGACAGCUUCAAAUUCAUGGCUUCCAGUCUUGACAAGCUUGUCAAAAACCUUACCACAAAGGGUGAGUCUUUCUUUCAAAAUACAGCCAAAUAUUAUUCAGGAGAGAAGCUUAAACUGUUGAUGAGAAUGGGUGUUUAUCCCUACGAAUGGAUGGACUCUAUACACAAGCUUGAUGAGCCACAACUUCCACCAAAAGAAGCUUUCUUCUCCGCGUUAAGUGGUAAAGGUAUCUUGGAUGAUGACUAUACCCAUGCUCAAAAUGUAUGGAGAGUUUUUGGUUGUAAGACAUUCAGAGAUUACCACAAUCUCUACAAUCGAAGCGAUGUUCUUUUACUAGCCGAUGUGUUUGAAAACUUUCGUGAGCUUUGCAAAAAGAUCUACACUCUCGAUCCUUGUUGGUACUUCACCGCUCCGGGUUUGGCUUGGGAUGCUUGUCUCAAGUUGACUGAGAUAGAACUUGAGUUGUUGAGUGAUAUAAACAUGUUGCACAUGUUUGAGGCCGGUAUUCGCGGUGGGAUUUCAAUGAUUUCGACAAGGCAUGCAAAAGCCAAUAACAAAUACAUGGAAGAAACCUUUGACCCUACCCAACCUUCAAAGUUCAUCACGUAUCUCGAUGCAAACGCCCUCUACGCUUGGGCAAUGAGCAAGAAUCUGCCUACAGGUGGUUUUAAAUGGGUAGAUGAAAAAGAUUUUGGAGAGUGGAAGAGUUUUCCCUGCAUUCUCGAAGUCGACUUGAAAGGCGUCAAAAAAGAGCUUCACGAUCACUUCAACGACUAUCCACCCGCUCCUGAGAAUCUGUUAAUUGGGAAAGUACAUAAGCUGGUCUGUACGUUAAACGAAAAGAAAAAGUAUAUCGUUCAUCACGAGAUAUUAAAGCAAUACAUGAGUCUUGGAAUUGAAAUAAAAAAGAUUCAUCGCGUCAUAAGGUUCAAUGAGAGACCUUGGAUGAAGAAGUACAUCGAUUUGAACACAGAGUUAAGAACCAAGGCUGACAACGACUUUGAAAAAGACUUCUUCAAGCUCAUGAGCAACGCUGUCUUUGGUAAAACCAUGGAAAACAUUCGAAAACGCGUUGACGUGAGGCUUGUUACGAGAGAAGAGAAGGCAAAGAAGUUAACAAAUAGGGUCAACUUCAAACACCGAACCAUCUUCUCUGAAGAUCUCUGCGCAAUACAUAUGGGAAAGACACAGAUUGUCUUCAAUAAACCUCUCUAUCUCGGGAUGAGCAUCCUCGAUAUCAGUAAGACAUUAACCCUUUGUGACCGGAUGGCCGAUAUAUCGGCCAUACAAAUCACGCGCCACAAUUCUGCCCAGCGGAUACUCUGUUUUUAG